AUGGCAGAGGUCGGAGGCUUUCUUGGGGCGCUCGAUUUGGAUUUACAAGGGUUUCCUUCGCUGGGGAAUAUUCCUUUGCCGGAAUCGCCUGUGGGCUUGAAUGAGAGAUUGGGACAGAUUGAAGGGAGGUUACAGCGAGGCUCUCUAACGGAUUUUGGCCACCUGAAAGGCAUUUUGCGCCGACGGCAGCUGUACUGUCGGACGGGUUUCCACUUGGAGAUAUUUCCCAAUGGAACUGUGCACGGGACCAGACAAGACCAUAGUAGAUUCGGGAUUUUGGAGUUCAUCAGCCUGGCUGUUGGACUGGUCAGCAUUCGUGGGGUGGAUGCUGGGCUCUACCUGGGCAUGAAUGCGCGGGGCGAGCUCUAUGGGUCGAAGAAGCUGACAGCAGAGUGCGUGUUCCGGGAGCAGUUUGAGGAGAACUGGUACAACACCUAUGCCUCCACGCUCUACAAACACUCAGACACGGGACGGUUUUACUACGUGGCCCUCAACAAGGACGGCUCCCCCAGGGAAGGGGGCAGGACUAAAAAGCACCAGAAGCUCACCCACUUCCUGCCAAGGCCUGUAGAGUUUGAGAAGAUCCCACAGGCUUACAGGGACCUGUUUCAGUACAGGUGA